UUACUGUGUUAGUGUAGCCUGUAGCAGGAUGUGCUCAGCUAACAUAGUCUGUAUUACUUUCACCGUGCCCGUGCAGGUCAUUUGACAUUAAUGGAUUUUGUUCGGGAUUAAUUUAAGGGCUCGCCGGCCAGUAAUAUAUUUGGUGAGGAGCUAAAAGUAAAACGAAUGGCGCAGCAGCAACCUGAGCCGUCGGCAGAGCAGGAGUGGGCUGAUAACUUGAUGGUGUUUGAGGGCUCGUCUCCGGUGGAUGUGUCCCACGCCAAGCAGCUGUGGAACUCUCUGUCGCUGCAGCCGCUGCUCGAGUCCCGGCUGGUGUCGGCGGAUAUCCGACAGAAACUACCAGUGGCCCGGCCUCGCCGCGACACGGACGCCGGGCCCAGAAGCUCCUCCCCGGGGCCGUCGAGUGUCUUUCCGCUCCUGCAGAGACGAGAGGAAAGACAGAGGUACCUAGCCAUGGCCAAGCAGAGAAAGGAAAUCCUGGCUCUGCUGAGAAGACAGAGAGAGCAGAGGAUCCAGAGAGAGCUGGUGUCUCUGCCCUGUAAACCUAAGAUGAGGGACGACAGGGGGAAACAAGUGAAGAGACAUGACACACCUUCAGAGCAGGCGCUGGACAAAGAGAUGGUGGAGCAGCUUCACUAACCGAGCGUCUGUUUCUUUUCCAACAGAUCAUUAGUACUAUGGAGGACCAAAACAAUCAAAACCUUCCAUUCAGAAAUAAACUGUAUUUAUUAUGUAGCCUAUUACUGAUUAUUACAGUAAUAAUCAGUGUUGGGGAAGUUACUAAAAAUUAAAAACUAAUCAAA